AUGGACCGAAACAAUCACACCAAAUCCACACGAUGGCUGGCCAUCAUUGUAUUCCUCAGCAUGCAAAUACUCAGCACAAAAGCCGACGUAGUAACCGUUUGGACUACGGUGAAAGUACCUGCGCCAGCACCAACAGCGCCCCUAUCACCAUCCUACACCUCCCUCAACGAGUUCAAGGACGAGAUGUUAAAAGUCACGAACGAAUACCGCGCCAAUCACGAUGCUAAUCCACUACAAUGGAAUAACACUCUGGCCGAUUACUCGCGGGAGUGGGCAGAAGCCUGUAUCUGGAAACACUCGAAAAGUAGCUACGGCGAGAACCUCGCAUACGGAUACCAGAAUGUCUCUGCGGCUGUCAUCGCCUGGGGCGAUGAACGCGAUAUGUAUAACUUUGGGAAACCGACAGGCUUCACUGAGGAAACGGGACAUUUCACUCAGUUGGUCUGGAAGGCGACUACGCAGGUUGGGUGUGCUGCUGUCAACUGCGGGUACACGAAGAAUUCCAAAAGAGAUAACGGGAUCGAAGUGCAAGAGGAUGUCUUUGAAGAAGAUACACUAGAAGAAGAUGGUUUCGAAGGGGUGUUGAUGGCGCCUCGUUUCAGCACCGAUGAAUCCGGACAAGAUGGGUUGGAAGGGCGGAAGGUUGCGCGAGGUGAGCAGCGGGCUCAGGGGUGGUAUGUUGUUUGCGAGUAUACACCCCCUGGAAAUGUUGUGGGUCAACAUGACUCCUACUUCAGGAAGAACGUCUUGCCAAAGAAGGUACCUGCUGUUGACGACUCGUCUACAACCAAGUCUUCUUCGUCCACGACUUCUGAGACUUCUUCUACCACGUCUACGCCGGAACCAUCGCCGAAUGCUGCGACAUCUACUACCAUGGGAAGUCAGAGUCAGCCUACAGGAGGUGCUAUGAGGUUCGCGCUGGACUCAACAUUGGGGAUGAUGCUGGCAGCAUUGGGAACGGUGGGCGUCGGGAUGGGGCUUUAUACUUGA